AUGGCACAUAACCAUCAUCAAGAAGGCAUACAAACGUUAGACCCAACUAUAGGAUCAAAUGAAUUGGAAGCCGAGUAUCUACCAAAUAACGAUACAAAUACAAAAACUCGAAAAACUAAAAAAUAUCGAAAUAAAUCUAAGAAAUCAUCGCCCUUUGAAGUUGGUGGUUCACCUUGCUAUCCAGGACCUAGACCUAGGUCUGUUCCACCGGCUGAUCUAGGCCCAAAAGCAGAAGCUGGCCUUAAUGGUUUACCGGGAACAGAUGGAACAGUUCCAGCUGACAGUGAUGGUAUUGAGAAGGGUCCCUACCCUCAAGCUGAAACUUUACGACAAAUGAUUUCUCAACAUAUGGGCUUACGAGGCCUUCGUGGUCCCAACGGCUCACAGGAACGAGAAGGCAGACGUGACCAUUCUGGACUAGAAGGUGAUCGUGAUGCCCAAGGCCCAAAACAUCGUAAAGGUGCAAUGGGACCAAUUGGUCCAAUGGAGAAAAAGGACAUCGUGGGACCUAGAUGUUUCCCUGACCUACGUGGUCUACCCAGACCUAUUGGAAAUCCGGAGCCUCAAAGAAAUGAACAUCAGCCAGGUUCUAAAGGUAACACUGGUCCAACAGGACAAUCCGGUGCACCAGGACAACAAGGUCCACAGGUACCAAUUGGAUCUCCUGGUCCUCAAGGAAAAUCCGGUCCCUUUGGUAUACUUGGUCCAAGCGGUAAACCUGGCUUAACCGGUUUACCAGGAGCUAAUGGUUCUCUGGGUGUAGCAGGUACUUCCAGUCACACAGCACCAAAAGGUGUGCAAGGUCCUGCAGGUUUUCCUGGGCUUCGUGGCUCCAAAGUUGAUGAUGGUCUUCAUGGAUCUCCGGGAAACAAAGAUGAUGCAGGUGAUCUUGCUGAUAUGGGUGUUCCAGGUUUACCUGGAGCUGAUGGCUCUCCGGGUGUAGCAGAUAAUUUCGGUCACACAGGACCAAAAGGUGAUCAAGGCGCACAUGGUGUGCAAGGUCGUAUAGGUUUUCCUGGACCUUGUGGCUCCAAAGGUGAUGAUGGUCUUUGA